GACUAAGACUUCUCCUCUACUGUCCAAGCGCUUUGGUGCAGGGACAGCGGCCGUCCUCAGCCAAUCCCGUGCAGGCUCUCCACCGAAGGCUGGCUCUAGAUGGUGGUAUGCGCACGAUAGUAUAGUGCUGGCCGACUGCUGCUGUGGUUCUCUGACGGUUGUGCUUCUUGUUAAUCCUCUGUCGUGCUUUGACUCGUUAUUGAAAUGGGACAAUUUGGAAACGGUUCUUUGAUAAGCCUGAGAAGAGGACUUCCCUUUGGGCAUUGAGCCUUCCUCUGCCUGAUGUUCCCAUGCGCCCAGGGGUGUUUUCCCUUUCCAAGUGGACUCCCGCAUGGAAGGAGAAGGGCCAGGCCCCGAGCGCCUCUUCAAGGAAAAGGGAUGCAAGAGGACGGCUUGUCACAGAAGAGCCCUCGCAGGCUGCCUGCUCAGCUCAUUCAUUUGAGUUUGCAUGUUUCUCUGCACUAUGGAUUUUGAGCAUUUAGAUUUCUUUCAUCAAGUACAUUUCAGCCACUACAGUAGACAUUUUCUCUCUGAGGCAUUGUGCUUUGCACGAGAACAGCCAGAAGUUGAGGGAAAAGUAAAGUUAAAGUCGGUUCUCUUUCAUAGCAACAUGUGUUGUCUGACAUUCAGCCAGCUUUUUAGUUUUUUUUUUUUUCCCCAGUAAUUUCCCUGUUUUCCUGUCCUAUAGUCACAAAAAGCAGCUAGAAUGUCUCUCCAGGAAUCCUGAGCCUCACAGGACUGUGUAGCUCUAAGCCUAGGAGUAGACCGCGUAGAGUAGUGAUUGUAUCUAGGUGACGCACACGGGUAUUCUGGGGGUGCCCGGGCCGUUGCAGUCCUCCUGCAUUUGGUUUUCAGGAACUACAUGAAUGACAGCCUCCGCACAGAUGUCUUCGUGAGGUUCCAGCCCGAGAGCAUCGCCUGUGCCUGCAUUUAUCUUGCUGCCCGGACGCUGGAGAUCCCGCUGCCCAACCGUCCCCACUGGUUCCUUCUGUUUGGAGCAACUGAAGAAGAAAUUCAAGAGAUCUGCCUGAAAAUCCUGCAGCUUUACACUCGGAAAAAGGUGGAUCUGACACACCUGGAAAGUGAGGUUGAAAAGAGAAGACGCGCCAUGGAGGAGGCCAAGGCCCAAGCCAAGGGCCUGCUGCCUGCCGGCCCCCGGGUUCUGGACAGCACUUCGGGGUUCUCACCUGCCCCCAAGCUGGCAGAAUCCCCCAAAGAAAGUAAAGGAAACAAGCCUUCCCCACUCUCUGCGAAGAACGCCAAAAGGAAAAUGGAGGGUGUGAAGAAAGUCAAGGCUGACAGCCCAGUGAAUGGCUUGCCAAAGGGGCAAGGGAGCCGAAGUCGGAGCGGGAGUCGAGAGCAGAGCUACUCAAGGUCCCCAUCACGAUCUGCUUCUCCUAAGAGGAGAAAAAGUGACAGUGGCUCCACGUCUGGCGGGUCCAAGUCGCAGAGCCGUUCACGGAGCAGAAGUGACUCCCCACCAAGACAGGCGCACAGAGGCGCUCCCUACAAAGGCUCCAAAGUAAGGAGCUACCGGAAGUCUAAGGACUGCAAGUAUCCUACCCAGAAGCCACACAAGUCCCGGAGUCGGAGCUCCUCUCGCUCUCGAAGCCGCUCCCGGGAGCGGGCAGAUAAUUCCGGGAAGUAUAAGAAGAAAAGUCAUUACUACAGAGAUCAGCGCAGGGAGCGUUCCCGGUCUUACGAGCGAACGAGCCAUCGCUAUGAGCGGGAUCACCCUGGGCACAGCAGGCAUCGGAGGUGAGGCAAUGGGCUCCCAGAGCGCUGCCCUUUGACCCUUGGUGUGCGCACUGUGGCAUGACCGGCCCUGUGGUGCAGCUCUUUGGAAGUGGAUGUUGGCUCUGGACCUUGUGUUGAAUUUGGAGAUGGAAUCAAGAGGCCGGCGAGGUGCCCUUUAGGCCGGCCUGGGCACAGCACGCCCUCGUCGCGCCAGCACAGGGCCCACCUCAGCAGCAGCCCUGUGGAAGCAGAUGUGUACAUCCUGGUGGUGUGGCUUGGUGCUAACGACAGGCUGUGUCUUCACUCCCAUACCAAUACUCAAUUACGUUAAACCAAGAAAAUGACUUUUAGAACCUUUGCCUAUAUUAGGUUGUACUUAUGUACAUAUUUUGCAGUGUUUCACAGUGAGAAAAUGGCCUUAAACGCCCCUUAUUCUCCAUUCACCCUGUAAAUAAACAUGUGUUUACUACAAGUUAAAGCUAUACAUGAGAACUCAGAACUUGAAUUGUUAGCUUAAAACUUGUGUAGAGAAUUCUGAUUUUUAAAAUGUGAAGGUAUUUAGAUCUGUGUUGAAAGUCGUCUAUUUUUAUCUGUGCGAUGCUGAGUGCAGGCCACCAGCUCCCAAAUAGAGAAGUUUCCUAUAUAUGCAUUUUACGUGGUUAAAUAAACAAUUCUCUCUACUCAGGA